CGAUCCAAAGAAUAUCCCAUUGGCCAUUUGCUUUCUAAACAAAACCCUAGUUCACUUCACUUCAUUUCUCUUCCUCACUCGCUUCCUCGCCCGCUAUCUCUAGCCGUCGCGUGUUUUCUGCUUCUCCUGCUUGCGGAAGAACGUUCCUUUGGUCAGAUCUGAAAUUGGAGUCACUAGUUUUUCCGUUGAGCCAUGGCUCUAGUUAUUCAUGCCGGGAAGACCAAUAAAAAUGCUUUCAAGACACUGAUUGCAGCAGAGUACUCUGGUGUGAAAGUUGAACUGGUUAAGAAUUUUGAGAUUGGUGCAAAUAAGACUCCUGAAUUCCUCAAGAUGAAUCCGAUUGGGAAGGUUCCUGUGUUGGAGACACCAGAUGGGCCUGUAUUUGAGAGCAAUGCUAUGGCCCGUUAUGUUACCCGCUUGAAGGCUGACAAUCCUCUGUAUGGUUCAUCCCUGAUUGAUUAUGCCCGUAUUGAGCAGUGGAUUGAUUUUGCAUCAUUAGAGAUUGAUGCCAAUCUUUUGGCUUGGCUCAGACCUAGAAUGGGAUUUGCCCAAUAUCUUCCGCCGGCCGAGGAAGCUGCAAUUUCUGCAUUGAAAAGAGGUUUAGGCGCUUUGAAUACUUAUCUUGCCUCAAACACCUACUUGGUUGGGCAUGCUGUGACUUUGGCUGACAUUGUUACUACAUGCAAUCUCUAUCUGGGGUUUGCUCGGCUCAUGACUAAGAGCUUUACUUCAGAGUUUCCUCAUGUUGAGAGAUACUUCUGGACUAUGGUCAAUCAACCUAAUUUCAAAAAGAUAUUGGGUGAAGUCAAGCAGACUGAAUCGGUUCUUCCUAUCCAGUCAACAAAGAAGCCUGCCCCUCCCAAAGAAUCUGCUAAACCAAAACCUAAGGAUGAACCAAAGAAAGAAACCAAAAAGGAGAAAGAGCCGACAAAGCCCAAAGAAGCUGCUGAGGAAGAGGAAGAUGCUCCAAAGCCCAAACCCAAGAAUCCUCUUGAUUUGCUGCCUCCAAGUAAGAUGAUAUUGGAUGAGUGGAAGAGACUCUACUCAAACACCAAGAGCAACUUCCGUGAGGUUGCAAUUAAAGGAUUCUGGGACAUGUAUGAUCCUGAGGGAUACUCCCUGUGGUUCUGUGACUACAAGUACAAUGAGGAGAACAGUGUGUCAUUUGUUACUCUGAACAAGGUCAGUGGAUUUCUUCAACGGAUGGAUCUUGCUCGCAAGUAUGCAUUUGGAAAGAUGCUAGUGAUUGGCGAAAACCCUCCAUACAAGGUUAAGGGGCUGUGGCUUUUCCGUGGCCAAGAAAUUCCUCAAUUUGUUAUCGAUGAGUGCUAUGACAUGGAACUGUACGACUGGAAGAAGGUUGACCUCUCAGAUGAAGCCCAAAAGGAGCGAGUCAACCAGAUGAUUGAAGAUCAAGAGCCUUUCGAGGGAGAGCCUCUUUUGGAUGCCAAGUGCUUUAAGUGAAGUAACCGUUUAUCACUUAACUUAUGCUUUAGCCUGCAUCCGUAAAUUUUUUGCAAAAUUUUUUUUGAUAGUGAUUUUGUAUCUCUUGUUUCAGACAAAUUUAAGUGUAGCUUUUUGUGAUUUUACAUGGUAUAACUAUGCUCUUGGGCCUCUAAUGUCCUCAUAAACGUACUUCUCAAUUGGUAUCUGGUGCAUUUUGAUUAUGAGAGUAAUUUUAUUAUUAA